GCUUGGUGAUAAAUGAGAAAUUAGAAAGUAAAUGUAAUUACGUUAAUUAGUAGUAUUGAUCAUAGGUUAAUGAAGUAUUUUUCUGAAUACUUUCUCACUAGAGCUUGUAGCAGCAGUAUUGGGUUUUAUAAAGAGGGCUAUAUCUGAUGCUGAGUUUCUAGGUAAUCAUUAAAGUCUGUGAUUCUGGACAGACUGGCUGUUCUACAGGAAGAUAAAUUAUUCAUGACAACAUUGUACAAGGAUUUAUUUUAUGGAUGAUUAUUGCGUAUGUUUGUGACUGUCCAUUGCAGCAUCCUCGAGGAAUUCAACAAGCGUGGAUCUAUCUAUACUUUCAAUAGAUAUACCCAAACAGACAUUAUUACAAAGAGUGUCUUUAUAGUUUUGAAUCAUGUAAUUAACAAAAGAAGAAAUCAUGGAUUACCCGAAGGGAUUUUAGUGUUUAUAUCUAUAUAAAUUAGGAGAUACUAUUUGGUUUUUAAUGUGGCGUGUAAACUACGCAACAAUGUCGGUACAUAGAACAAUUGUCAUUGCUAUAGACGACAGUUUCCAUUCGGAAUUCGCUUUCGAUUUUUAUGUGGAAAAUGUACAUAAAAAUGGAGACCGGCUAAUUCUUGUUCAUGUACCUGAGUAUAGCAACGUAUUAUCAACAUCGUCGCUGUUGACUGAUCCGAAUAUAGUGUCUGAACUUUUAAAAGAUAACGAGGAAAGGGUUCGUGACCUUGUUGAGAAAUAUUCUAUGAAAAUGAAGGAAUGUCACUUAAGUGGCCAUGUAAAACAACAGUGUGGUAAACCGGGAGAAGCUAUUGUAGAGGCGGCAAAAGAAGAGGGUGCAUCAAUGCUGAUAUUAGGAACAAGGGGAAUGGGUUUAAUCAGAAGAACAUUUACCGGAAGUGUGAGCGAUUAUUGUUUACAUCAUGCAGACGUCCCUGUUUUAGUGUGCAGACAUAAACCUCAUAUAAAACAUACGAGUGAUCAUCAUUCUUAAAUUUAUUAUAGUCAUAUUGUAUGAGAACUUUUAAUACGAUAUUUUGAUAUAUAACUUACGUUUGCAAAAGUUAUUUUGGAUGUACCAAUAACGUUAAUUUA